UUUCCCCCUUCACAGCAUUUUCGCGAACCCUACCUCCAUUUCUCCCAAAUCGGAAACCUUCAUUUCGCGAACCCUACCUCCAUUUCUCCUGCGCGAAAACCUUCUCCAGCCUGCGCGAAUUCCGCAACCGCCAUUGCUGCUCUUGCUCCUAUAAAAGUGUGUUUCCUUAGUGAAACAUCACUGGAACCCAGUGAAGAUAUGGUGGUGAUGGAAAAAUUGUCAUAUUUAGGUGAUUGAUGACGUUUUUUCUAUAGAUGGAAAAAAUAACAAGAACCUCAACAAUGGAGUAUUUGCUGCCGACUCUGAGGAAGAAGCAAGAGGUCGAUUCUCUCAUCAGAGACACCUUAGACAAAGUCCUCGUCCUUCGCUUCGGUCUCUCUUCUGAUGCCGUCUGCCUCCAGCUCGACGACGUCCUGUAUAAAUCGGCGAAAGACGUGUCGAAAUUCGCGACGGUGGCGCUAGUGGAUGCGGCGGAGGAGGAGAUUCAAGUUUAUCUCAAGUAUUUCGAUAUUACAUAUGUUCCCUCCAUCGUCUUCUUCUUCAAUGCUCAUCACAUGAAAAUGGAUUCCGGAAGUGCAGAUCACACUAAAUGGGUUGGUACAUUUCAGAGAAAGCAAGACUUUGUGGAUGUUGUGGAGGAACAUAUGGUCCAAGGAUGUAAAUCUAGCCUCUGUAAUUGCAGGCGAUAUACAGAGCGGCAAUGAAGGGCAAGCUGAUUGUAAACUGUCCGCUUCCCCCUGAUAGAAUACCAAAGUUUCAGUUGCUAUAUAAUGAUGUUUAGGAGGUUCAGCUGCAAAGGUUACCACAACAGCAAUUCUCUGUUGUUGUGAUGCAAUAACACUUGCAUGGUAUUGUCUGUAAACAACAGAGAAGUAUAUCGAAGACCUAUUGAAUUAACAUUGCUUAUUUCGUUCUAACAUCUAACUUUCUUGUCUGUAAGUUGGGAAGAACAUAUAUUCUAAGGUGUACUUUCACUUUCUUUUUUUGGAAUUUUGUUCAUGUAGAGUUUGCGAGUGAAGAAAGAAUCCAUUUCAGUAUUA